AUGGAAGAAUUGGAGGUCAAAGAGAUGUUCUGUAUGAUUGAUAAGAAACAACGUGGUAGAAUCACUUGUAAACAAUUAAGAAAAUUUCUAAGGAGACAUGACGCUAAAUUCAGUAAGAAAUCUGUAAGAAAUUACGUCAAGUCAAUAGACAGUGAUGGGGAUGAUAAAAGAGAACAAGAAAUACGCACUAUGUUUGACCACAUGGAUAAGAAUCACAACGGAUACGUGACUGCUAAAGAACUAAGAUAUUAUUUAAAAGUACACGAUGCGAGAGUCACAAAUAAAGAAGUCAAAGACUUCAUUCGUAAGAUUGACGAAAGUGGAGAUGGUCAAUUAAGUUUGCAUGAAUUUAUGAAAGCAUUUUCACCACAAAGAAGAUCCUGUACUACAGAGUUCAGGACAAUACGAAGAUGA